CCCGGAUAAAAACCGAAUUGCUUCGCAUGCAGAUCGUAAAACUGACCCAAUCGCCAGGGUCCAUGACUGACCUCAGUGACUCAACAGAGACCCUUUCACCACUGGAGCUGCGUGUGGAAGAGCUGAGACGCCGCUUGCGAGUGGAAGCAGCUGUGGCCGAAGGCGCUAAGAAUGUGGUCAAGUUGCUAGGUGGCCGCAAAUUGCAGGACCGCAAGGCUCUAGCUGAGGCUCAGUCCAGGUUACAUGAAUCUUGCCAGAAGAUUGACCUUCUACGGUUAUCAAUGGAGUGUUGCCUUUCUGAGCUGCCC